AAGUGAAAACACCCUAUUGUGAUAAUGUCGAUUAUGAUUAGAAACAUUUCCUUGAUGUAAACUCAAACAUUGUAAACAAAAAUCAUAAAAAACACAUUUUCCAGUAGAAAACAUUCGUUCUUCUCAUGGUUGAUUGUCCACUCUCCCUUGACCAUCCAGCAUGAAACCCACCGGUGCCCCACUACGUCACGCUACGCUAAUUGGCGCUUCCUUCCGUUCUGCCUCAUUUUAAGCAAAUAUUCCAUUGUUCAGAGCCUGCCGGUCCCAACACGUCCAUCUUCAGGCACUACUCUGACCGAUUUUCAGUGUCUCUUUAUUCAAUUUAGCACCCAAUUUAAGUAGCAGGAAAUUAACGAAGUCAAGUGAACCAGCACUUAGGGUCAUUUGUAGACCGACAAUGUAUCGGGCGCGGUUCGUGUGCGAUUUGACGCGAUUAUUUUAAAUUUGUGCACCAUUUUCAAGAUGAGCGGCAUCAGUUUGGUGGGCAGUAAAGUGAUUCUGGCCGUGGCCAAUUUUCUUCUUUUAGCAUGUGGCUUCACAUUGAUGUUUGGAGGCAUGUUGGUGAUCUUCGAUGCUGAUCGCAUCCUACUGUCCAAGCUCCUGGUGGCUGGACCUCUCACCAAUCUUCCCCAGCCCUUAUUCUACUAUGUGGCUGUUGGGCUCACUCUAUUGGGUCUCACAUUGACUGCGGCCGGAAUACUCGGCUGCUGGGCUUCCUGCCUCCACAGCUACUGGCUGAUAUCUUUGUACUUUGUGCUCAUCAUGGCCGUUCUAAUCGGCGAAUGCACCGUCUACGCAAUCACCUGGAUCUGGCCCCAAUGUCUGGGCCUCGGCCUGGAUACGGAGGAAUUGGUGAAAACCGUCCAGAGAAACUACGGAAGCACUGGGGAAGACCAAUUGACUGCUGCUGUGGAUUUGGUGCAAACAUCUUUCAACUGCUGCGGCAUUAACAGUGCCAACGAAUAUGAUACUUCGCUCUGGAGGCUUCAGGGGCGCAGCCCCCCAUUUGCCAUUCCGCUUACUUGCUGCGUCCUGAAGAACCGGCAGGAUGAUCGUUCGUAUCUCAAUCCAUUGCCGAUCAACGUGCUGCGAUGCCAAGCUUUGGAGAAAAACCGACAUGAGGGCUACCGCCACACCACGGGGUGCGAAGCCCGACUGGAUCAAUGGUAUCGCCAGCACUAUUUGGCCUUUCUUGCUAUUGGAUUGGCGGUGGUUUUGGUGGAAUUCAUCGUGCUGCUAAGCACGAUUCUCACAUGCACGCGCAUUUACCAUCACAACCAAGAGACAAAGGAAAACGACCAAAAUUCCGCUCAGAUAGAGGGCGAAGCCCAACACAGAGGAACCAACAGCUGCAGCAAUGAAACAUAUGCAAUGACUGAAAGUUUCCGACAAAACUACAAGCUGUUAGAUAAAAUUUAGUAUUUAUUUAUCGGUUUCUGAGCCGUCAAACCAUGUUAUAUAAAUUACACCGUUGCACUCA